AUUUGAUCUUUCAAUUGCAUAUUCAAUACCGAAGUUGCAAAUUUCACAUCUUCAUAUUUCCAGAUAAACUGCGAUCAUUCAAACAUGAUCAACGGGCCUGUUGUCUGAUGGAGGGUCUAAACUCAAUAUAACUUGUUUCCAUCGGUUGCUUGUUUUUGCAAUUGUUAAAAGAUUCUUAUUAAAUUCAUCCGAGUUCAACGUACUACAGCUCAGGUUCAUAUUUGAAGUCGAUUUACAGGUGAUCAACUACCAAUAACUCUGCACUGUUUUGAGAAAAUAUACUGUAUUGGCUGUUCUGUUCCCAAAAUUUAACUCAAGCAAUGCAAGAAAAUACUAACAUGUUCAAUCAUUUCAUUGUCAUUGUACUGAUCUUUCUCUUGAAUCAAUCAAUAUACACUUAUGCACAAGAAAAUAGAUGCCAUAAAUUUUAACAUGCGGUGACUGUAUCAGAUUUGCUGAAGAAGAAUGCACUUGGUGUGCAGAUAAGGAUUAUGUGCUAAGGGCGAAUGAUUUAGACCGAUGUGACUUUGCAGCAUAUCAUAAACAACAGAAUUGCUCGGAUAUUAUCAAUCCUUCUUCUGAAGUUACUCCAAAAAAAAACGAAGAUUUAUCAAAUACUACGAAAGUAAAGCCACAGGAAGUUGAGAUAGCUUUACGACAAGGUGAAAAACGAUCGUUUGAUAUAUCUGUCCGUACACCUGAAAAUUAUCCUGUUGAUUUAUACAUGUUGAUGGAUAUGUCUUAUUCAAUGAAAGAUAAUUUGCCCUCUGUGGAAACUCUGGGUCUUGGCUUGGAUAAUCAAAUGAGAGACAUAACGUCGCGAUUUCGUGUUGGUUUUGGUACAAUGGUAGACAAACCAUUAGCACCAUUUUGUGAAGUGCGUGAUGAGUUCUGGGCAAUCGAGGCGAAAAAGACAGACAUUAGGCCUUACUCUUCUCCUUGGGUGUUUCGAAAUGCCCUUCCGCUGACUGAUAACACAAACGAAUUUGAGCAAAGUGUUAAGGGAUCAAAUUUAUCGCAAACUCUUGAUGGACCUGAUUGUUGGCCGGAUACAUUGAUGCAGGUUGCGGUGUGUGAAAAGGAUGUAGGUUGGUCUCCAAUUAAAGAUGCCAGAAGACUUGUUGUUAUUGCUGUUGAAGAUGAUUUCCAUAUUGCAGGAGACGGUCUGUUGGGCGGUAUUGUUACACCAAAUGAUGGAAAAUGCAAGCUCGGAAAUGACGACGUAUAUUUAGGCAAACAAAUGGACUAUCCGUCUCUCUCGCAUCUUCGCAAGGUUUUACUUGACCAAAGCAUUGUGCCAAUAUUUGCCGUUGAUGAAAAUUCAAUCGACAUAUACAACAGAGUUGUGGAUUAUUUUGGUCCUGAAGUUGGUGCAGAAGCUGGUGUUAUUGAAAGUAAUUCAACUAACAUUGUCGAGCUCAUUCGAAGUACAUAUGAGAAAAUUGGUACAACUCAAACAGUUUUUCACAACGUAGAAGAUACUAAAAAUUUAAAAAUUGAAUAUGAAGCUAAUUGUCUUUAUGGUAGAGUACCUGGCCAAAGAUGUGAAAAUGUCACUAUUGGAGAAACGGUUAAUUUUACUGUAUCCAUAACCUUGGAGCAAUGUCCUCCUGGUGGUGUUGGUUACUCACGAUUUAGUAUAACGACUGCUCUUGGAGACAAAAUUCCUGUCAUUGUGAAGUACCUUUGCGAUUGCGAUUGCUCAAACAAUACAGUUCACAACGCUACUGAAUGUAGUAAACAAGGAAGUAUUACUUGUGGUGAUUGCAAGUGUAACGAUGGAUUCCUUGGAGAUAAAUGCGAUUGUGCUGACUCUGAAAAAGAAGAAAACAGUGAUUUGUGUAGAAAAACGAAUACAUCGAGUAUCUGCAGUGGAAAUGGCCAGUGUGCUUGUGGCAAAUGUAUUUGCAAUAAGGGGAAAAGUGGUGCUCGUAUAAAUGGGAAAUUUUGUGAAUGUAACGAUGAAUUUUGCGAUAUUGCAGAUAAUGGAGAGCGUUGUGGAGGUGUUGAACGCGGAGAAUGUAAAUGUGGUCGUUGUAAAUGCAAACCUGGUUGGGAAGGUUCAUCUUGUAGUUGUCGGAAUAUUACAUCGCCUUGUGUUCAAAAUAACGUCACAUGUUCUGGUCAUGGUAAAUGUCUGUGUGGAAAUGUGUUUGUGACCAGAAAUAUUCUGAAAGGAUGUAUUAAAGGCUGUUCAUUUUACAAAGAUUGUGUGCGCUGUAAAAUAUAUCAAACUGGUCCUUUGGUGGGGACGUGUGAAGAAAGAUGUAAUACUUCAAAAAUAAAUAACGUUCCCGAUGUCAAAGCAUAUGAAUCGCGAGGAACAACUUGUGUUGAACUUGACGAAGAUGAUGAUUGUACGUUCUCUUACAUUUUGAACGAAGGAAAUGAGAAAGUUGAGAUUUUUGCCGAAAGUGAAAAACGUUGUCCUCGAGAAGAAGGAUAUUUACUAAUAAUCAUUGGAGUUAUUUUGGGUAUUGUUGCUAUUGGUGCCGCUUUACUUCUCAUUUGGAAGUUACUUGCAACCAUACAGGAUCGUCGCGAAUUUGCCAAGUUUGAACGUGAACAACAAAAUGCCCGCUACAAUACAAGUGAAAAUCCUAUAUACAAAACUGCCACAACAACGUUCCAAAACCCAACUUAUGGUGGCAAAGGUUGAAUCAAGAUGAUUUUAUAGUUUGGUCUUAUUCGAUAUUUUAAAACAAACAUCAGACACGUUUAUUUUGAUAUAAAUAGUAUAUAUAAUUACUGUUCGAGUAUAUUUUUAGUGUUUGAUGACAAGCAUAUUGUAAUUUUUAUGCUCUUAUAAAGUAUAUCAGAUUUGUCGACUUGUUA